GGCUUUGAGCAGAUGUUUCCACUGAUAAAGCCAGCUGAAGGAGUGCUCCUUCAUACCUACCUCCUCCUUUCAGUCUUUAAAAAACCCCUGCGAAAUAACGUUCAUUGUAUCCACUUCCAAGAGCAGAAGUUUCAGCUGGUUGCCCUACAGCAGCUGGGUGUGCAUGCUGCAAGCUGCUCACCAAGGGAUGGAAUCCUACCCAUCUAUGAGCAGUGUGUGUCAUAAUUCAAGGGCUGGAAUCUCCAAGUACCACUGCAAGCAAGAGCAUGACCACCCCAAGGAAACUGGAAAGUCAAAUUUGGAAGAUGGGAGUCUGUGGCAGCUUGAACAAAGUCACAGGAACAGCAAGAUAUUGGGUGGAUAAAAUGGCUCCGCAUGCACAGAGCUGGCAGCAUGUUAACCUGAGGAAGAUUCAGGAGGAUCAAAAGCGAAUCAAUCAGAUUGAAAGAGACAAUAAGAAGCUCCUUGAGAACCUUGCUGCCAUCCAACAAGGGCCGGCAAGGGUGGAUUGUUGGAAUAAAUGCUUUUACAGAAGGUCAACAAGCGAUAAACAGAACAGGAAAAUAAUGACCAUCACGGUGGAAAAUCAUGGACUCCUGAAAAGGCUUGCUGACAGUAAGCCUACCUACGAUCAAAAGAAGUUUGAAAUGGAAUGGCAGAACACGAGACAGUUUAAAUAGACCGCCAAACAAUGCUGCAUGUCCUCCCAAGAGACUGAGUAAAUUGCCAUCUCAAUCCUAACAACAAAUGUGGCUGGAGACAAACUCACCUGGUUUUGAAUAAGCUGUGUGCCUGAGCGUUCCCUGGCUGUACUCUGCUCAACUCAUUUGAGAAAGGAAAGCAGUUCAGAUGCAGUCAGUGUAAGGACAGGGAGCUGCCUGACAACCUCAGGUACUGUGGCUGUUUAGCACAGCUCUUCCUUGCACACUACAAAUAGGAAAGGCUACGUUAAUCUCAAGCAUGGGCAAGGGAGGGAGAGAGAGGGAGAAGGGAGAAAGAGGUUCAGUUUGCUGAAAUAUUUUGACUUGGGGUUGCUGGUACCGCUUUCAAAGCAGGUCUUCAAACUCAAGGAAGUUUGCAUGCUGACUUUCUUUAUAAUCUCUUCUUUUUGCCCCUCCUCACUGCAAAGCACAAACCAGGCCUGGCCUUGACUUGGUGUUGUCUGAAUUGGAAUCUUGUCCUGGAAACAGACAUCUGUUACGUGUGCCUUUUCCUGAGACUGUCAGAAUAAAGAGAAUACACAGAAGCACUGACUGUUCUUCACUACGCAUUUCCAUAUUCUCUCUCCAUCAUUUACUUUGAACCUAAAAAAGUCCUCAAUCAGAAAAGCGAAACAAAUGUUUCUGAUAGUAUCUAAGUUAUGAUCUGUGGGAGUGUACAUCAAUGUGGAAUAUCUGCACAUAACUCAAAAAAAAAAAAAAAAAGAUUAUUUAACUGACACUGAAUAUUUUAGGUCAUGUUUAAUGGGAGUUGUAUAUUUUACCCUGAAAACUGCAAUAUAUAUCCUGUGGUGAGAUCGAUCUGGUAGGAUAUUGAUUGAUAUUUUAAUAAAUCUGCUUAGCUUGA